CAUCCGUUGUGUGUCACAUGUAACGCCGCGCAUCCGCUUAAUGGAAACCGCCGUGAGGAGAUGUUUAGUUCCUCCCGACCCAACGCUCCCGAGUAGUUCGUUCUGUAUAGCCGGUUAACUUUAACAUUGUUUGGUACAUGAUAUAUUGCGCAACGGUGGCAACAGUCCGCCGGGCUAGCUUGGCGAUAUCCUUCACCCCGGAGCAGAGAUGACACGCAGGGCUUUCGCUUUCAAUCGAUUUCGGUAGCUGGAAUAAUCAUUGAUCAUCAUCAUAAUUUGUUAAGCAUUGGUUGUACUCGUCUUCUACCGACUCGGUAGUCAUCGGAUGUAGUUUGAGAUUCGACUGAUUUGAUUCAGCGCAUCGAGGGACCCCUGUCGGCUCGGUUCUGCUUCUCCUCCCUGCGUCCCCAUCCCGGCCCGGUGUGUCCACACCACUAUGAGUGCGAUGCGGGUUGAUACCAAAGUUGUCAUGUUGGGGAAAGAGAGUGUCGGCAAGACGAGCCUGGUGGAGAGAUACGUCCACCACCGCUUUCUCGUCGGGCCUUACCAGAACACGAUUGGAGCCGCUUUCGUUGCCAAACCCAUUCAAGUAGGGGACAAGGUAGUCACCCUGGGAAUAUGGGACACUGCUGGGUCUGAGCGCUACGAGGCCAUGAGCAGGAUCUACUACAGAGGUGCCAGGGCGGCCGUCGUCUGCUACGAUCUCACAGACAGCAGCAGUUUCCAGCGGGCGCGGUUCUGGGUGAAGGAGCUCCAGAACUGCGAGGAGCACUGCAAGAUCUACCUGUGCGGUACCAAGAACGACCUGGUACAGGCAGACAGAGGCCUGCGUCAGAUAGACUUCCACGAUGCCCAGGACUUUGCUGAAGAGAUCGGAGCGCAGCUCUACGAGACAUCUAGUAAGACUGGAAAUAAUGUUGAUGAGUUAUUCCAGAGGAUUGCAGAGGAAUACAGCGACUCCGCCUUCCAGUAUAUGUCAAACGAGGCCGGUGUGGACCUGAGCCAAAAGAAGGACUCCUAUUUCUACUCUUGUUGCCAUAACAACUGACUGUAAGGGAUGAGGGGUCACAGUGGGAAUGCCCCUCAGGAAGAGUUUCAAGUCUGAGCCAAGAGCCUGGAAUCACCACCAAGGAGAGGGGGAAAAGGGGGAGGGACGAAGGAAGGAAGGAAGGACGUUCUUUGGCUCAUCGCUGGAAUCUCAUUGGUGGUUUGACUCGAGCGAAAGAGGCUUCUCGGGAGGCAAGACUUGAGAUGGCGCACCGAUCCCAGGGCCUGGUUUCACAUUGUUCUCACUUUCAUUUGAAGACUUGUGGGUGUUUUUUUUAGUUUUUUUCCAGAAACCUCUGAACUCAUCUAAAACAAGUGUGGUGGAGGGGUGGUUUUCCUCCUGUUUAUGAUGUUAGGCGUUGUUUGUUUUUUGUGAGUGUUUACAUCCCUGGAAACGAAAUGCGCCUUAUUUUAUCAUGUACACGCCAUGGUGGACUCAUUCAAAUCUUGACCCACAAUUGUGAAGCCAUUAUUUUAAGCCAUGUAAAAAAACAAAGGAAAAAACAACGUUUGCCAGAUCUUUUGUGUUAAAGUGUUGAGACAUUAAUAAAUAAAAGUUCACUGGCGUGUUUUAAAAAGAAUGUAUGAAUGCUGCAGUGACACUUUGAACUUGCUGGAAGAAAUACAUUUGUGUGAGAGAGACUUAAGUUUACAGUGUCAAUGGGUCUCCCCUCCCCUCCAGAUAUCAUCAUCUGACACACACAGGUUUUACCAACACAGGAAACCCACGAGUGUUGUCACAGUUAAGUAACUGCAACGCCACAUGACUGCUACACUUUACUUACACUGUGCUUUGGUCCAAAGCAUUACGAACAACCUACUGUUGCUUUUGCCUUUGUAGGAGUUGCUGCAUUAUUGUACACUCCUUUCUGUGAUAAAGUGUCAAUUAAUCAAUAUUUUGAUGCCAUUUAUUUUUUUUGUUCAGCCCCGGAUGCUUUUGUUUACUGUUCUGGAAUAUUAAGAGCAUACUCCUUAAAUGAGUGUUAUGACACAUGGAAGGAUUUGUCACAACCUGUUUUGUGUUUAGUUAAGCUGUUAUGUUAUUUCAUUCAUUGUAUUUAUUUUAGCCCCACAAUUCUUAUUUUCUUUUGGAUUGUAGUGCAUAUUGUGGGCCAGGCAACAGUAUCUGGGAAAAACUGGAAAGUAAGUUUCGAUGGAUUUCUUAUGCAUUUAAGGAUAUUUUCCAAAGUCCAAAUCAUAAAACUAAAAUUGCCAAACAAAAGGAAAAAAAUGUUACAAAUGAUGCAUACGUUGAGCUGUGAUACUCUUGGAAUGUCAAUUCUCAAAAAUAAACUUCAGUUUAAA